AUGCUCUGCGAGGAGCUGGCCCCGGCAACGACGGAGGAGGAGGGAGGCGGGCUGAGUGGGAGGGGCGGAGCGUGCCGGGAGUCUGCCGUGACCUACAUCUGCUCCCGGCGCCGCCAGGCCGCCAGUAGUCCAUUCAGAGCCACGGGCAGCGCGCAGCAGCUGGACACGGGGAGGAGGGAGCGGCCGGGAGGCUGGAGGCCUGCCGGGAGUCCAGGCAGGAGGCUGGAGGGAGAGGCGGGCGAGGAUUAUGCUUCUCGGCGUGCGGCGGCCAAGUACAUAACCGAGAGCUGGUGUGAUGGUGAUGGAGCCGUGAAGGUGGAGGUGCUGACUAAGACGUCCGCGCUGACCGCCCCAGGGCGCAGAUGGGGCUGCGUUCUCACUGCAGGAAGACCACCGCCAUACCCGCCAGCAUAUCCCAAAGAGGAAAGGGGCUCCUGCCCCUCGGGGAAGCCCCUCAGGAAGGCCCCCAAGCCCGGCGUGAGCCUCCGGCAGCUGGUGGAGGACGUCCCUGAGGGCUGCAGCACGCCCGACUUUGAGCAGAAGCCCGUCACCUUGGCGCUGCAGGAGGGGAAAAAUGCCAUCUUUCGGGCUGUGGUCUCUGGGGAGCCCAGACCCGAGGUGCGCUGGCAUUGCUCCAAAGGUGACCUCAGUAAUUCCAGCAAGUACCAGAUCUCGUCCAGCCUGGGUAGCAAGGAGCACGUGCUGCAGAUCAACAAGCUGACCGGCGAGGACACAGACCUGUACCGCUGCACCGCAGUGAACACGUACGGAGAGGCCACGUGCUCGGCGAGGCUAACGGUCAUUGAAGUUGGCUUUCGGAAGAGUCGGAAGAGGCAAAACGAACCCCAAGAGGACCUCAAGAAGGAGCUGAUGGACUUCCGGAAGAUGCUGAAAAAGAGGGCCCCGGCUCCCGCCCCCGAGCAGAAGGUGGACCAGGAGUACGUGUGGCAUCUGCUGAUGGCGGCGGACCGGAAGGACUACGAGCGCAUCUGCCUCAAGUACGGCAUCGUGGACUUCCGCGGGAUGCUGCGCCGGCUGCAGAAGAUGCGCAAGGAGCGCGAGGAGAAGCUGGCGCCGUACGUCAACGCCAUCCUCAACCUGAGACACAUCAAGGUCAACAAGGAGGGAAUCGCAACGUUUGACCUGGAGCUGGAUCUCAAGAGUCCUGAGAGCAAGAUUUACCUGUAUAAGGAUGGCGAGAUGGUCCCCUACGGCUGCGACAACCAGACCAAGCACUGCCUGCGGCAUCUGGGGAACCACUACCAGUUCCAGAUCAGGGACCUGCGGCCGGAGGACGCGGGCGUGUACCAGGUCCGGGUGGAGGAUGCCGACGUCUUCUCCACGGAGCUGGAGGCCAGCACCAUCCCGCCGCUGGUGGUGGUCCCGCUGUCCGAUGCCCGCUGCCAGGAGCGGGGCGAUGCGGUCUUCCAGUGCACUCUGUCCAGCCCCUGCCCCAGCGCCACCUGGCAGUUCCAGCACCGGCCUCUCCAGCUCAGUGACAGAUAUGAGGAGUUCGUGUCCACGGACGGGCUGACCCACCGGCUGGUGGUGAGAGGGGCCCGUUUCUCAGACAUGGGCCUGUACUCGCUGGGCACCAAGCUCCAUGCCUCCAGCGCCUGGCUGGUGGUGGAAGCUGGAAAGGAUAAAAGCCUUCUGACCGCAAGCGCUGACCACCAGCAACAGGCCCGGAGAGCCGGCAAAGAGGGCGCGUCAGACGUCCACCGCCCGCGGCCGGACCCCACCCGGAGUCCCAGAUCCAGACACAAGCCCGGGGCUGGAGGCGUCUCCGAGGACACCCGAGGCCCCACGGGCCUCUUCUCCCAGGGCCUGGCUGACACAGAGGUGCAGCACGGGAAGGCUGCUGUGCUCUCCUGCAGCCUCACCCGCGACCUGGGACCUGGAGCCUGGUUUAAGGAUGGAGUCAAGCUCAGCACCCGGGAUGGAGUCACCUUCGAGCAGGACGGGCUGGCGCACAGGCUUCUCAUUGCCCACGCGGAGGGGACCCAGGCCGGGAGGUACAGCUUCGUGGCUGGGGACCAGCAGAGCCAGGCCACGCUGACCGUCCACGACCCCCCGGUCAUCGCUCCUGAUGUGACAGCAAAGCUGAGGGAACCGUUGGUGGUCAAGGCCGGGAAGCCGGUGACCAUGAAGGUCCCCUUCCAGAGCCGCCUCCCGGUCCAGGCCACCUGGAGCAAGGACGGGACCGAGGUGGCGGGCGGCAGCGGCAGAGGGGCCCAGGUGGCGGUGGGGGACAGCUUCACACGGCUGUGCCUCCCCAGCGCCAGCAGGAAGGACUGUGGCCAGUACAGCGUGACGCUGCGGAGCCAGGGCGGCACCGUGCAGGCCACGCUCACCCUGCAAGUCCUAGACAAGCCCCAGCCCCCACAGGGCCCCCUGGAGGUGCAGGAUGGCCACGGGGCUGGCGUCUGCCUCCGCUGGCGGCCCCCGAGGGACGACGGGGGCCGGCCGCUGGAGCAGUACGUGCUGGAGAGGCAGCAGGCUGGCCGCAGCACGUGGCUGAAGGCGGGCGCGGCCCCUGCGGACAGCACCACCUUCACCGACGCCCACACAGAGCCGGGCAAGAAGUACACCUUCCGCGUGCGGGCUGUGACCGCGGAGGGGCCCGGGGAGGCCCUGGAGUCCGAGGAGGUGCUGGUGGCUCCCGAGGCUCUGCCUGGGCCCCCUCCUCCCCCAGCCAUCCUGUCGGCCUCCAGCCAGGGCAUCACCCUGUCAUGGACGGCGCCUCGGGGCCCGGGCAGUGCCCACAUCCUGGGCUACCUGAUCGAGAAGCGCAAGAAAGGAAGCAACACGUGGGUGGCCGUGAACCAGCAGCCGGUGCCGGAGAAGAAGUGGACAGUGCUGGACCUGCGGCAAGGCUGUCAGUAUGAGUUUCGGGUCACGGCCGUGGCCCCCUCUGGCCCCGGGAAACCUGGGCCCCCGUCGGAGGCCGUCUUUGCUCGGGACGCCAUGAGCCCCCCUGGGCCCGUGAGGGAUCUGCGGGUCACGGACACGUCGCACACCAGCAUCACGCUGAGCUGGGCCCGGCCAGACCCUCAGGACGGGGAUGAAGCUCAGGGCUACGUGGUGGAGCUGUGUGGCUCGGCCAGCCUGCAGUGGAGCCCGUGCCACGCGGGCACCGUGCCGGGCACCACCUACACAGCCAAGGGGCUGCGGCCCCGGGAGGGCUACUUCGUGCGGGUGACGGCGGUGAACGACGGGGGUCGCGGCCAGCCCACUGCCCUGGACACAGUGGUGCACGCCAUGCCUGUCGCUGUCUGUCCCAGGUUCCUCAUGGACACCAGCACGAAGGACGUGCUGGCGGUCAGAGCCGGGGACACCGUUCGAGUGCCUGUCCGCUUUGAGGCUGCCCCCAUGCCAGAGGUCACCUGGCUGAAGGAUGGCCUGUGCUUACCUAAAAGAAGUGUGACCUCCGUCAAGGAUGGCCUCACCCAGCUCCUGCUCCCCUCGGCCAGCCUCGCUGACAGCGGCCUCUACACCGUGGUGCUGAGGAGCCCGAGGGGGGAGGAGGCCACCUACCGCUUCCGCCUCAGGGUGGCAGCGCGCCCCAGGGCGCCGGGGCCCAUCCUCCUGCGGGAGGGCACGCUGGGCUCGGUGACCGUCGAGUGGGCGCCGUCCCCGGACGAGGCGGAGGCGGGCGCCGCGCCGCCGCACUACACGGUGCUCCUGCGCACCUCCGCGCGCGAGCCCUGGCGCCCCGCGGCCGCGCACCUGCACACCUGCCGCUUCACGCUGGCGGGCGUCCUCCCGGGCCGCGAGUACCACUUCCGCGUGCUGGCGCAGAACGAGCUGGGCGCCAGCGAGCCCUCGGACACGCGCCAGCCCUGGGCCGUCCCGCGGCCGCCGCCAGACAGGGCCACGGUGAAGGCCCCCAGCUACCGGGAGCUGGACCUGAGCCAGAAGCCCCGCUUCCUGGUGGGCCUGCGGCCCCACGUGCUGCCCCUGGGCUGCGAGUGCUGCAUGACCUGCGCCGUGCAGGGCUGGCCCCGGCCCCGCGUCACCUGGUUCAAGAACGACCAGAGCCUGGAGGGCAGCCCCGCCGCGUACAGCACCGACAUGCUGGGCGUGUGCUCCCUGGUCAUCCCCAGCGUCUCGGCCGUGGACCGCGGCGAGUACAAGGCAGUGGCCGAGAACACCCUGGGCCAGGCCGUCAGCACCGCCAGCCUCAUCGUCGUGGAAUCCAGCUCGGAGGCCCGCCGCACCCUGGAAUGGCCCUGCCCAGCCCCUCAGCCUUGGAAUAAGGGCAGAUCCCUGAAGCAUCAUUCCUCACACCACACUGGGCUGGGGAGCCAGUCCCAGAGGAUGGAGGAUGCUGCCGGUGCCCAGGGUCCCAGGGAGAGGGGAGUGAGGGGGCUUCGGGGGAAGCUCCUCCAGGAGGGCACGGAGGCUUUGGGGAAGACAAAGAAGAAGGAGGUGCUCAGCCUCCCAGCCCCAAGCUCAGUCACUGAACGGACAGCAGCGAGCCUCCCGCCUGGGAGAUCAGCGGGAACUGGGUCUAUCUGUAGGACGGCGCCCAAGUCCUUGAUUUCCUAGGCUGGGCCCUUGGAGGGAGGGUGGGAAGAGCUGGGCCUGUGUGAUCGGAGUGGGGUGGGGGUGGGGGAGGUGCUUUCUCCAGGCUGUUUCUUCAUUAAAGCGUUGGCUAACG